GCAACAGCGACUCCAGGAAGUGUUCUUGAACCACAUCCGGGAACAUUCAUGGUCACUGAAAUUCCAACAUGGCGGUUCACAUGUCCCGAUUCGGGUGUUGGGGCCGUAUACAGAGCUUUGGCAUUGCUGCAUGUAGACAGUACAGCAGUGCAAGGGGCUAUCCUAAUAUUUCUCUUUCUACACCUUUACCUGGCAUACCCAAGCCUGUGUUCGCUUCAGUUGACGGUCAUGAGCAAUAUGAAACCAAAAUCACCACGUUGGAGAACGGCCUUAAAGUCGCAUCACAGAAUAAGUUCGGCCAGUUUUGCACAGUUGGAGUUUUGGUAAAUUCAGGUUCCCGGCAUGAAGCCAGAUACCCUAGUGGGAUUUCCCACUUUCUGGAAAAGCUUGCAUUUUCUUCUACGUCACAAUAUGGCAGUAAAGAUGAAAUUCUUCUGUCGUUGGAAAAACACGGUGGAAUCUGUGACUGCCAAACAUCCAGGGAUACAACGAUGUAUGCGGUCUCUGCUGAAGUCAAGGGUCUGGAUACUGUGGUCAACCUGUUGGCCGACGCUGUUCUGCAGCCGCGUUUAUUAGACAAAGAGCUCGAGAUGACCCGGAUGACAGUAAGGUUCGAGUUGGAAGAUUUAAAUAUGAGACCUGAUCCUGAGCCUCUGUUAACAGAAAUGAUUCAUGCUGCAGCAUUUCGUGGCAACACCGUAGGCCUGCCCCGUUUCUGCCCAGCGGAGAAUGUGGACAAGAUUGAUAAGAAGUUGCUGCAUAAAUACAUGCGUAGCUACUACAGCCCAGAGCGCAUGGUGUUGGCAGGGGUGGGGGUUGAGCACGAGCAGCUGGUAGAAUGUGCCAGGAAGUAUCUGCUGGAUGUGAAGCCAGUUUGGGGCACAAGCACACCAGCGAAUGUGGAUUGCUCUGUGGCACAGUACACAGGAGGCAUUGUUAAGAUGGAGAAGGACAUGUCUGAUGUGAGCCUUGGACCCACACCCAUCCCAGAACUCACUCACAUUAUGAUUGGCUUAGAGAGCUGCUCCUUCUUGGAGGAAGACUUCAUCCCCUUCGCUGUCCUCAACAUGAUGAUGGGAGGAGGAGGCUCCUUCUCAGCAGGCGGCCCAGGAAAAGGCAUGUUUACCCGCCUCUACCUGAACGUUCUCAACAGACAUCAUUGGAUGUACAACGCUACCUCCUACCACCACAGCUAUGAAGACAGUGGCUUGCUCUGCAUUCAUGCUAGUGCAGACCCAAGACAGGUGCGGGAAAUGGUGGAGAUAAUCACUAGGGAAUUCAUACAGAUGGCUUCUACAGCAGGAGAGAUGGAGCUGGAAAGAGCAAAGACUCAGCUGAAAUCUAUGCUGAUGAUGAAUUUGGAGUCUAGGCCAGUCAUCUUUGAGGAUGUCGGUCGGCAAGUUCUGGCCACAGGCCACAGGAAGCUGCCUCAUGAGCUGUGCGAUCUUGUCAGUAAAGUUACCGCCAGUGACAUCAAGAGAGUCAGCACGAGGAUGCUGCGCAGCAAACCAGCUGUGGCUGCUUUAGGAGAUCUGACCGACCUGCCCUCGUACGAGCACAUCCAGGCUGCUUUGUCCAGCAAAGAUGGCCGUCUGCCUCGUACGUAUCGCCUGUUCCGAUAGAACAUCAUCACAUGUAGCCAUUAUACAGUGGUGUAUACCGGUGACUGACCUACAGUGAAACUUUUUCUGGAGCUCUUUUAUUGAGCGGUUAUGGAGAAAUGUUCAGGGUCAGCGGGUAGUCAAGGCACUUAAUGUAAAAGGAAAUUUUAUCUUCAAAGGACUUGUUAGUGCUCAUAUUGUGUGGGUUUGUGUUCAAUAUCAUGCUCAGAGUAAAUAAAAAGCGGACGGUUUUGCAGUAACGUGUCCAGCAGACUGCCUUGUUACAAUGAAAUGCCAGUUCAACGUUAAGUCCGCUGAUAAGCUAAAAAAAAAAUCAGUGGAGGUAAUCAUUUCCAAUUUAAUAAAAGUUAUUAAUUGGAGCCCAAUACAAGUUAUUAUUAUUUUUAAAUGAUAUUCUGAAAUGCUGAUUUUGUAACUGUUGUAUAAUGCUGUAAUGUACAUUUUCAUCAAUCUAAUAUUCAGGUCUUGCCAUUAUGUUACUAAAUUUGUAAUAAAAAUAUACAUUAGUGUACUCAAAACCACUUGGUUCUUCUGUGAGUAUCAGAAAGCCUUAGGAGAGACUGGAACCUGUGGUUUAAAAGGCUUUCUGAGCAGUAAUAUCUUUCUCUGAUUGAGCCCAUCUCUUAUCAUUUCUUGUGUGAUGUAUAUUCUUUGCCAUACAAACGGAUGACUGCACACACACACACUACGUGUCAUGGUCAUAAUUUGUUCAUGUGAAUGGCUCGUGUCUCAUGUAUACAUCCUUCUUUUCACACAUUUUACAAAUUCUAAUAAUGCUCUGACUUUGAAAUGUGAAAUGCUAUUUGCUUUUCUGUGUCUGUUUUUGUUCAUAAAAGAGGUUUAUGUUUAUUA